CACAAUAUAAUACCAAUCUCACUAACCGAUUGCUUUGAGAAUAUUGUUCUUCUUCUCCUCUGCGAUAAAGAUAUGUUAUUGCCAGAACAGUCGGUGUGACGGGAAGUGUGGAGACAUUUUUCUUUCCUCAUGGAAGAGGAGGAGGAAGAGGGAAAAGAAGACUCCACUUCCUCUGAGGGAAGGGAAGGGUCUCAAGAAUCUGGAUGGACCGGCUAUUUUGAGUAUUUCUUAAAGCAAGGGAGAGGGGUAGAGGUCACCUCUUCCUCUGUUUAUGAAGGCCAGCCGCUUUCGACUACCGUGUCGGAUGCUGCAUCUGCUGCAGCACAGAAUCUGCUGUGCAAUGUUCAGGUAUCAGCACCAUCGAAGGCAUGCAAGAGGCUGGAAUUCAAGAGGAGGAAGGCAAAGUAUGUGUUGGAUGAAGACAUAGAGGACACUGCUAGUUCUCCCUUGAGCAGCCCAAAAGUUAGUGGGAUGAACUUGGAUGUUGGUUCCUGCAAGAAAGAAGAGAACUGUGCCGCUGCUGCAGAGAAUUCUUCAAUCAACCGUUCCCCAUUGCAACCAGAGGGCAGAGACCAGAUGUUGCAGAUUCCUGCAGAAACUGAACAUACAGAAUUGAAGAAGAGAGGCCUGUGCCUUGUACCACUAUCAAUGCUAGCUGACUACAAUGGCUAAUUGCCAUAUAUAUACAUAUAUAUAAAUAAUUGACUGCAUCAACUAUGUUCUUCCUUCCCCCUCUCUCUAUAUAUACUUGUAUGCAACAUGAACUCAUUGUACAGAUCAACUUUUACUGCUAGCCCCAUGCUUCCAUGUUUGAACAUAUUAUGCCACAGAGGGCCUUCAGUCUUGUCAUGAAUGUAAACGUCGGAUAUCCAACAUAACCUUUUUUGCUUUAAAGUACCAGAAAAUGAUUCUCAAGGCGGGAGAGAGUUCAGCCCAUCGCCUUCCCAAAAAUGUAAAAUUAGGACUGUGGAAGUAAUCGAUAGUUAAUUUCCUUA